AUGAGUGAAAAAGUUAAUAUGUCCGAAACGAAGGAAGGUGAAUAUAAUCCCUACGAACACAGGAAAGUCCUCAAGCCCAGUUCGGAUUUCAGGGCUACUGCAAACAUCAUUAAAGCAUCUUUGGGUUCCGGCCUCUUAGCUGGUCCACUCGCGUUCUCCAACUCUGGGUGGGCAAUUGGUAUAGUAGGCACCAUCCUUAUUGGUAUCAUAUGUGGGCAUUGUAUUCAUAUUCUCGUGAAAACUUCUAGAGGCUGUUGUAAAAUAGAAAAGAAACCUCAGUUAAACUAUGCCGAAACUUGCCAGUCCGCCUUCGCAAAUGGACCUAAAUGUCUACGGCGUUAUGCAAAAACUGCCAGCAUUAUAGCGGAGUUUUCGCUAUUAUCUACUUACGUUGGCGUGUGUUGUAUUUACACAGUCCUUAUAUCGGAUUCUAUCAAACAGUUAAUAGAUAGAUACGUACCUGGCGUUGUUCUACCUGUAGAAUAUUACUGCUUGAUUAUAUUAGUGCCAUUAUGUUUACUAUGCCAAGUGAAAUACUUGAAAUGGCUCGCGAUAUUCUCGUUGCUAGCAAAUUUGUUCCUCGUCGCAACCUACGUGAUUUGCCUCUACUAUAUAUUUGGGGAUGAGAUAAAUUUUACAGACAAGAAAAUCGUCGGUGACCCGGCCAGACUCCCGGCUUUUAUGUCAACUGUUAUCUUCGCAAUGGAAGGAAUUGGAUUAGUAAUGCCCGUUGAGAAUGCGAUGAAGAAGCCCCAGAACUUUCUUGGUUGCCCCAGUGUGCUUGUGGUGGCGAUGUCAGCCAUUGUCUUCUUUUACAGCACCCUUGGGCUUUUCGGUUACUUCCGAUACGGGGACCUUGCAAGGGGAUCCAUCACUCUUAAUCUUCCUAUAGAUGACUGGCCCGCGAUCUGCGCCAAGGGUUUCAUAGCUCUGUCGAUUUUCUUCACUUAUCCAUUACAAUUCUACGUUGUCUUUGACAUAUUUAAGAGAUACACAGAUCGUCACGUCAAAGACAAUUGCAGGAGUUUUAUUGAUAUCGGAGGCCGAGUUCUUGGUGUUUGUUUCUGUGUUGGAAUCGGCGUAGCGCUACCGCUACUGGAACAGAUUAUAAAUCUCGUCGGAGCCUGUUUUUAUUCAAUAUUGGGACUGAUUAUUCCCGGAAUAGUGGAAACCGUAUUCCGCUGGGAGGACCUUGGAUUCCUUAAAUGGGUUUUGCUGAAGAACAUUCUUAUUGUCGCAUUUGGUUUUACAUGUCUGAUAUCUGGUUGUACAGUGACUAUUAUGGAUAUUAUCGAAAUACUGCACAACAAAACUGUGAUGUAG